CCAUCAGACCAUGCAGGAUACAAUGACUGCGGCUGCCUCGAAGCCGAUCGGGUGGGCCUGGGGCCAGAAUGAGACAAGAGUAAGACGACUGCUGAAGACGAAGCCCUCUGGUGACAUCGUUCUCUCCACCCGCAGUGGUUGGAGCCGUUUGAGCUCUCUUUUUACGAGCUCUUGCUCUCCCCUCUCAAGCGUUGACUUACACUCUGCCGAGCAUCCCUGAUAUCCGACCAGUUCUGGCCGUUACCCCAUCUCUUUGCUUUACGGCCUUAAGCCAUCUUACUACAGCGCUUGAGAUUUAGGCUUCCCUUUUUGUGGGCAUCCAAACCUCAAAACAUCGUUCGCUGCUCUGCUUCUGCUCUGCAAAUUCACGAUGCUUUUCUCAGCAUUCUACGAAGCGCUUAGACACGUUGUUGCAAAAUCACCUGUCCAGAAUCCCCUACUCGUCUUUCUUAUCUUGUAUUUGGUGUACUAUACAGCAUGGGCAGUGUACUACAUCUUCUUCCAUCCGCUACGGGACUACCCAGGCCCAAUUGUCUCGCGUUUUUCUCGCAUUCCGCAGGCCAUCGUUUUGUGGAACGGCUCUGAGCACAAAUGGCGCUACGAGCAUCACCGUAAAUACGGACCGAUUGUCAGACUCGGGCCCAAUUCCCUGUCUUUUGCGGACCCGAAGGCGUGGGCAGAUAUCCAUGGCUUCAAGAAAAAUACGCCAGUCAAGGACAUGGAUUCGUAUCAGCCUGCUGCAAACAAUAUGCGCAGUAUGUUUUCGGAGCCGGAUGAUGAGAAACAUCGCUACCAACGCAAGAUCUUCACCCACGCCUUCAGCGACCGUGCCCUAAAGGAGCAGGAGCCUCUCUUCACAAAGUACAUUGAUGUUCUCGUUGAACGCAUCAAGCGCACUAUCGAGUCCAAUCCUGCGGGCUCCUUCGACAUUGUCAAGUUGUUCAACUUCACCACGUUCGACAUCAUGGCGGACCUUUGCUUCGGCGAGUCGCUAGGCCUUCUUCAGUCCGCCGACUACUCGCCGUGGGUGAGCAUGCUGUUGGGCGCCUUCAAAGUAGGCUCUCGCAUGCGCGCUGUCUCCUUUUUCCAACCAUUCCGCUUCCUGCUCAAGAACCUCAAGUUCAAGCGCAUCGAGGCCAUACGCAACGAGAACUUCCAGUUCAGCGUCGAACGUGUCAAUAAGCGGCUGGCCACCAACAUCAGCCGGCCGGACAUCUGGGGCCUUGUGCUCGCACAUCAGGAGAAGGGAGAGGGUCUCUCGCUGGGCCUCAUGCACGCCAACGCCGGCCUCUUUAUGGGCGCCGGCACGGAGACCACCGCGACUGAGCUCAGCGGCCUGAUGUAUUACCUCAUGCGCAACCCGGAGUGCAUGGCACGCUUGGCUGCCGAACUCAGGGCCGCCUUCCCCACCGAGCGCGACAUCACCAUGGAGCGCGCCGCGCAGCUGCCCUAUCUGCACGCCUGCCUCGAGGAGGGGCUGCGCAUCUACCCUCCCGUACCAGCCUCGCUCCCCCGCGUCGUUCCCCCUGGAGGCUCCGUCAUCCUGGACCGCGUCGUCCCCGCCGGCACCCAUGUCUCGAUGCCGCAAUACGCCAUGUACAGGCUCUACUUCGCCGAUCCGGCGUCCUUCCGCCCGGAGCGCUGGCUGCCGGACGCCCCGCGCGAGUUCGCCGACGACGUGCGCUCCGCGCUCCAGCCCUUCAGCCACGGGCCCAGAAACUGCCUCGGAAAGAACAUGGCCUACCACGAGAUGAGGAUGGUGCUGGUCAGGCUUGUGUGGGGCUUCGAGUGGGAGCUCGCGGAGGGCAUGGACGGCUGGGCCGAGAACCAGAGGAGCUUCGCCGUGUGGGAGAAAGGCCCGAUGUGGGUUCGGGCGAGGGUGAGAGCGAGAACGUGACAAGUCGUUCUCUUUGUCGUCUCUCCUCGUGCUCACUGCGUCAUGAGAUAACGGUCAUCAAAAGUCCCACUGCACUGUGGCGUCCUGGCCUCCCCACCUUCGCUCUCCCCUCUUCAGCUGAACGUUCCUGUCAGACCAAAAGAAUAAAAAAAAAACGCAAAGAUACGUGCUGCUCAUGUUCUAGAUAUCGGAGGGACGGGGAGAGAAAAGAGAGAGAGGGUGAGAGAGGGGGAGAGAGAGAGAAAGAGAGAAAUGAAAAACAAUGUCUCAACUGUUUCUUUUGAUUUCAAAUGUCGUUAUGUAGAUUCGUCGAUUACAAUGAUAUGUG